GCCUGUCCGCGUUCUAUAACCAUACAAAUCAUCGCAUUAAUUGUUUGUGCAGGGCUCCUGCAUUGGGGUCAACUCUUCUCGAUUCGAAUGAUUUAUUCCUCCGCUCUACAUAUGAAAAAGCCCGUGAUACUCGCGGUCGAGGCGUCGAUAACAAUUGAAAUCGAAACAAUCGCCGUGUACAAUCGCGAACGCGUCGGUGAUAGUCGUGUGAUCGAUAAUAAUGUUCGCUAGUGAUACGGAUACGCGAGCCGAGACGUUGAUAGUGUUCAAAACGAAAAUUUAAUACGAGCCCGCCCCCCCUUUACUAAACCAACCCCCCACCCCGCCCCUCUCACGCACCCCCUCCAGAGCGGUGUUCAGGUUGUUUGGUAGAGCGCGAGACGACGAGGUUCAAGACUUACUCAGGUUAUCGCCAGAGGGGAACAGGAGCACCGUAGGAAAGCGAGACAAGAGGCGAACCGUACGAUGGCAUCGUCCAUGGUGGCUGUUCCUUCGGGGACAGCGUCGGUCCCAGCUGGAACUGGUAUCGCUCAGAGCGAAGAGGUGGAGAACGGAGAUGUCUUCGGAGAACGAAACAUUAACCCUGUUAGCAGCUGCAACGAAAGCUCCAAUACCGGAGACGCCCUCGAGGAGAUUAACUGUGGUAACAGCGAGACCGGUGACCAAGAAUGCGCCAUCUGCGUGGGCAAGCUGUGCUCGCCGCGGGUACUUUCCUGUCUUCACGUGUUCUGCGAGGCCUGCCUCGACAAGCUCUUAAUGGACGAGGCUGGCGAUCCCAAGGUCAGCUCUGUACUGGUCUGUCCCCUCUGCGAACAAGAAACUUCCAUUAGUUCUAAGGGUGCCGCGUCGCUCACGUGCGAUUACGUUCUGACUAAUAUACUCGACAUGUCCGCGAUCGAGAGCAUGGCUGUACUCUGUACCUCGUGUAAAGCCAAAGAGAGCGCGGUCGCACGCUGUUCGGACUGUGCCAACUUCUUGUGCCCCAGCUGCAACUGCGCGCACCAAUUCAUGCGCUGCUUCGAGAGCCACAAGGUGGUGGCCUUCGAGGACAUUAAGAAAUCCAACGAAGCUAUACCGAUACACAAACCUAUUUUUUGCGAGUGUCAUCCUGCUGAGAACAUGAAGUUCUACUGCUACACGUGCCAGGAACCCAUAUGCAACGAGUGUCUGCUGGUCGAACACAAAGCUCCGGACCACCAGUACGAACGAUUGGUAGAUGCAGAGCCACGUCAGAAGGAAGAAUUGAUAAAACUAGUGAACGAAAGCAAAGCAAGAAUCGCGGACUGCGACCAGGUGUCUGCCCAAUUGGAGAAUGCUCUUAGCGAAUUGCAAGCGCAGCACGAUCAAGCCAAGGAUCUGAUCAUAGAGACGUUUCAAAGUUACAAAGCUGUCUUGGAAAAGUGUCGCGAUAGCGCUUUGGUGGAGCUUGAGAAAUUGCAUUCGGACAGAGAACUGGAAAUAAUGGAUACGUUUCAUAGUGUUGAGAAAACUGUGGAGAAGAUAGAGGAUGCUUGUCGUUUCACUUCGAGGCUCUUGGAGCACGGCGACGCUGUGGAGAUUCUAGCGCUUCGUCGCAUCGUAGGAACGCAAUUAAUGAAUUUAAUUAAAAACACACCGAAGCCAAAUGUUUCUUUUUCCAUUGAAUUUCAGACCGACUAUAAUCAGUUUGAGAAAACUGUAAAGGAAGUAUUUGGGAAAUUUCACACCGAAAGCACGCCGGCGACAAAACCUGCUCCUGAAACGAUCUCGACCGUACCAGGAGUCUCCACGAACCAGCAAAUUGUUCAUACCUCGAUGGGCUGUCCACGUUCCAUUAGCACAAGGUCUCCCAUAUCUCUUCCUGCGUCGAUGCAAUCCUCUUUCGAAGGUGAACCUUCCUUCGUUAUACCCCCAACGUCCAGUCCCCAGACCAUCCAACCACCCCCACCGCCUGUAUCCCUUCCUCCAGGUUCUAUCCAUGGUCUCACCAGCAUCCAAGAGUACAAUCUUCAACAACUAGCUAGUUUAGCGGAGAAGGUUGAGAUGGUUGGAAACACAAACGUGGUUGGGCCUAGCUCAAAUCCAAGCCCGACCUCCCCUUUCACUCUGGCAGACUUGUUCGCUGGUGAUCUUAACUCCACCAACCAUGCGAUCAAUAAUCUGCAGGCCCUUGCAAAGUUGGGGAACACGCUUGGCAAUCAAGAUCUUGGAAACACAACGAUCAAUGGUGGCAGCGGUUUAGUACUGGGCAGAGGUCCCUCCCCAGCUAUCGUGGACACCCCAAGUUUAAGUCUAGCUGCCAACAGUCUUUUGAACGGAGGCUUUCAGUCGUUAUCCUCUUCUACUUCGCCCAUACUUUCGCAGAGUGCCGAUGAGUUAAUUGUGGAUUCCAUGCAUAACAUGCCCGUGGUGGUGGGGAAUAGUGUUGGCAACGUGACCGGGUCAGGAUCUGGAAACUACGCUCAUCCACGUUCGAACAAUGCCAAAUUAACGCCUAUGCAUAUCAGAUGCAAAUUUGGCCAGUUGGGUCCCGCUGAAGGGCAAUUCAGCUCGCCUCAUGGAUUCUGCUUAAGUGCUGAGGAAGACAUUAUCGUCGCCGACACGAAUAAUCACAGGAUUCAGAUAUUCAAUAAGACUGGUAUUUACAAAUUCGAAUUUGGUGUUCCUGGGAAAGAAGAGGGCCAGCUGUGGUUCCCUAGGAAAGUGGCGAUGAUGAGGAACAGUGGGAAAUUUGUUGUCUGUGACCGUGGGAACGAACGAUCCAGGAUGCAGAUAUUCACAAAGAACGGUCACUUCAUCAAGAAAAUAGCAAUUCGUUACAUCGAUAUCGUAGCUGGCCUAGCUGUCACUAGUGAGGGUCAUAUUUUGGCUGUUGAUAGUGUAUCGCCAACAGUGUUCGUGAUCAGCGAUACUGGAGAUCUUCUGAGGUGGUUCGACUGCAGCGAAUAUAUGAGAGAACCAAGUGAUAUUGCAAUUAGUGGUAAAGAAUAUUUUGUCUGCGACUUCAAGGGACACUGUGUAGUGGUCUUCAACGAGGAAGGCAAGUUUUUGCGUCGCAUUGGCUGUGACAAUGUAACAAACUUCCCAAACGGGAUUGAUAUUAGCGAUGCAGGAGACAUAUUGAUAGGAGAUUCGCACGGCAAUCGUUUUCACGUGGCUGUCUUUUCAAGAGCUGGUUCCUUGAUAUCAGAGUUCGAAUGUCCAUAUGUCAAGGUCUCUCGAUGUUGCGGCUUGAAGAUUACCUCCGAGGGAUAUAUCGUGACUUUGGCUAAAAAUAACCACCACGUCCUCGUACUCAACACUCUUUACAUAUCAUGAAGCGAGGAAGCAGACCAAGCAAGUAUGCCACAGUAAUCUCCUGUGAGUGGAAACGUCCUCGCGUGUGUACGCUCCGCUCUCGACAAAAAGACGAAUCGACGAUUAAAUGCCCAGCGGCAUCGAAUUCAUUUUGAGAUUUGGGCCUACAGAAGCAAUAGACAAACGAGUGCAGCGUGCAGCUUUGAUAGUAAAAGCGAGACAAACGAUACAAAACAAAACAAAAAAAAAAGUUAUUUAAAAAAUGAAAAAACUUUCUGUUUCUUUUCUUUUUUCUUUUCUUUUUAAAAAAGAAAAAGUCAAAUGCGUCCCUGUUUUAUGAAAGUAAACAUCUAAACGAUGAGAUACGUUUAAAACGUACGUCUCCGACCAAAAAAUGGAAAAAUGAUUAAGAAAGAAAAAAAAAAAGACGACGAAGAAGAAGAAACUAUAUAAAUAGUGAUUUAGCAAGUUGCAUUUGGUAAACUGCCAAGAAUAUAAAUUUAAAGCUGAAAAACAAGAAAAGAACUCAAGAAAACGGAGGAACCGGUUAAGUGGAACGUGUCGAGAAACUAUGGAAUUGGAUCUCUUCGAGACAGUGGGGAUUUCUUUUUUGGAGAGAGAAGCAGAGAAGAGAGAAGAGCGAAGGAACUUCUUGGGGGAAAAAAAAGAACACACACACACAGAACACAAUAGCUUUCCGUCAAAAGCGGUGUCGCAUCAUCUUCGACUCGUCAGUAUUUUAGGUAUGUUUACAAAUCAAAUUAUUCUAGUCUUCAAUGAGCACUGUUUACACGCUGGUUUUCGGAUCCGUGCUCUCGAAGCGACGUACUCGUGUAUUUUUGUCCUGUCGCAACGUCAGGAAUCGAGCAAAUGGGCGUGAAGAAAGAACGAUAAAACGAUAUAUAUAUAUAUACACACACAAAACACACCGGUUCUUUCACCUGCGAACGGUUCACGUCGAGACCUAUUCCGUAGACGAGUUUCUAAGGUUUCGUUCAAAGUGAGACCGUUAGGUAGGGUGUUUUUUGGUCGAGGAACCGAGUGUGCACGAUUUAACGAAAAGGAGAGGAUUUAAAAUAAAAAAUAAUAAUAAUAAAUAAAUAAGAAGGCAGCGGAUUUCUGUGCUUAAGUGCAUGAACAAGGAAUAAUGCAUGCUACGACAAACACGGUAGUACUUCCUGCUCUUAUAUCAUAUCAUAUCUCUAAACGAAAAGAAACAACAACAACAACAACAACAACAACAAUAAAAAAAAAAGAAGAAGAAAAAGGUAAUAAGAAAGAAAACGAUACCAAGCUAUGUUCCUGGUGAAUUUAAAGUAAUUUAUUCCGUGAGGGGAGGGGAGGGGAAAGAGAUGAAGAUGAAUUAUAAGAGGAAGAGGAAUUAUAUUGCGGCGAACGUUAAUUUGGUCGGGUAUAUAGAUUACGAUAACGUUGAAUAAUCAAACAUUUAAUUGUAACGCAACGUGUGUAAUCACCUGGGGUGGGCAAUGGUCGCAAGCAUGACUCUCGUCUAGGCCACCGAUUAUGGAUCCCGUUUGUCCGUUGUUUAAAAAGAAAAAACAAAAAAAAAACAGCAACAACAAAAAUAAUUAACGAUAGGACGAGACACGUAAUGGUUACAAUAUUUACUCAGGAUGCUUUAUUAUGGUCCACCAUAUAAAUAUAUACAUUCAUACACGCACGCAUAUACAUGUGUACAUACACGUUGCAUACAUACCAUACGUGUACAUAUGUGAAUCUCUUCACAUUAUAUAUAUAUACAACAUACACACAUAUAUGUGUAUAUAUAAUAUGUGUUUAUGUGUAUACAUAUAUCAUAUAUUUAUAUAAUUUUAAUAAUAUUAUAUAAUUAUAUAUAGUUAUACUAUAAUAUAUCAUAUUAUAUAUAUAUGUAUGUAUGUAUGUAUAUAUAUAAAAUAUUAUAUAAUAAUUAUAUAAAUAUAUAGUGUGUGUGUGUAUAUAUAUAUGUUUAUGUAUGGCAGAUACGUACAUAUAUGUAUGUGGGUGUGUGAAUAAUCGGUUCGUGGUGCUAGCGACUAACAAUAUAUCCAUACCAUGUAAAUUGUAUUUGUUAUAUACAUAUGAAAAAAAAAAAAGAGAGAGAGAGAGAAAAGUUACAGAAUCGUUCCCUAAAUUUUGCGACGCUCUCGCGGGAACGAUCCUGUAAUCGCAUUAUACAAGGUUCGUAAAGAAAAAAUUAUAUACCACCGAUUUACCAUAGGAACAAUACUUUAUCUAUGUAUAAACGAAAAGUGGUGAAAUGAACAAAACAAAACAAAAAAAAAAUGGACGACGAAGGAGAAAAGAAAACAAGAAAAAAAGUAACGUACAGUUUGCUAAACGACUUCUAUUUAUGUAUAUACGAUAUCGAUACACGAUCCACGAAUGGGAGAAAUAUGAAAAAAAAAUUCCACGUAAAAUGAACACAAUACA